AAAGGAGAGAAGCGAAUGAAAUCGAGAGAGUCGAGCGAAAUCAGUAAAUUUAUAUAUCAAUGUGAAUACAAUUGUAUCAAAGACCAUUAUAUUCCAUUCUUUGAUGCAAAUAAUCCAACUUUAAGCCCAAGAAGCCCAUACCCAGUUUCAUUUUGCAGGAGGAUAAUGUCGGUAGCUUCUGAUCAAGCCACAAGUAUCUGCAGUUACUGUGACAGAGUAAUUCCUUGUUCCAAUCUCGAUUUGCAUGUUGCUCACUGCUCCCGGAAGCUUGAAAAAUGUAAAAUUUGUGGGGAUGUGGUUCCAAAAAAACAUGCAGAAGAACAUUUCUUGAGCACUCAUGCUCCGGUAGCCUGUUCUUUGUGUAGUGAGACAAUGGAGCGUGAGGUAUUAGGUGUUCACAAAGGUGAAAAUUGUCCACAAAGAAUUGUAACAUGCGAGUAUUGCGAGUUUCCUUUGCCUGCAAUUGAUUUAUUUAAGCAUCAGGAAGUAUGUGGGAAUAGAACAGAACUCUGUCAUAUGUGUAGCAGAUAUAUUAGGCUCCAUGAAAGAGAUGUCCAUGAGAGUAGAUGCAAUGGAGGCACAAAUGUCAUUGCAGAAUCUUCCAGUCUAGCUGAGAGAGAUCGUCACGGUGCUCCUAGAAGGCAACCACACGAAGCUUCCAGGAAGCGGCUUCUAUUCACAAUUGCUAUAACAGGCGUUGCUGUUUUGUUUGGCUCACUUCUUUACCAGAAAAAAACAGAAGACAGUCAAAUGCCUUAGCAUCUUUACUGUGAUCCAUCAACUGAUAUUAUGAUCCAUCAACUGAUAUUAUGUUUUAAUUAGGAGUUCCAAGAUUUCAUAAUGUAACUACAAAGAACUAACAUGCAAUCAAAGAUAUGAACAAUUACUGUUUUAUGUAAAUCAAUUUAAGUUUCUAGUUGAUCAAAAUAAUGUAAUUUGUCUUCUUGAAAAUAAUGCCAUUCAUGAUGCCUAUGACAAUAAUAUGGACUUUGUUUUUA